AUGCCUUUCGGCCUCACCAAUGCCCCUGCUGUCUUCCAGGCACUAGUCAAUGACGUCCUGCGUGACAUGAUCAGAAAAUUUGUUUUUAUGUACCUGGAUGAGAUCCUGGUUUUCUCCCGUUACGUCGCAGAUCACAAAGACAUGUUCGACAAGUACUUCAGAGACUCCUUGAGAACAAGCUCUUUGUUAAAGCAGAACAAUAGGCAGUUCAUAGUUGAGGUCGAUGCAUCAGAGGCGGGGGUUGUUGCGGUGCUGUCUCAGCAAUCCCAGACUGAUGGUAAGGUCCACCCUUGCGCCUACUUUUCUCCCAAGUUGUCUCAGGCGGAGAAAAAUUAUGGGAUCGGAGACCGGAAGCUCUUGGCGCUGAAGAUGCCGUUGGAGGAAUGCCGGCAUUUCCUGGAAGGCGCCGAACACCUCUUCAUCGUGUGGACCGACAACAAGAAUUUGGAAUACAUCCGCUCUGCUCAGAGGCUGAGCUCCCGUCCAGCCAGACUAACGGGGAAUGUGAGCGGACCAAUCAACAACUGGAGACGGCGCACCGUUGCAUAUCCCAGUCUCGUCCCGCUUUAUGGAGCACGCACCUUGCCUCAGCUACCAACCUCCACUGUUACCAUCUCAAGAGCUUGCAGUCCCUUCAGUGCAGGCCCCCAUACGCCGGUGCUCCAAGGUCUGGAAGCAGGUCCGCGCUGCCCUUCUCCAGUCCUCUGGCAUGCCUCAGGUACGAGCCAACCGUCGCCGCAUCCCCGUGCCCGCUUACACGGUUGGUCAGAAAGUGUGGCUCAGUACGAAGCAUCUAUCACUCAAGGUUGAAUCCCAAAAACUGUCCCUGCGUUUCAUUGGCUCCUAUGAUAUUGCGGCUGUGGUAAAUCCAUGUGCGGUACGCCUUAAGCUCCCUGCCUCUCUCCGCAUUCACCCCACCUUCCAUGUUUCCCUGAUAA